UAAACACAUAAAAACCCGAGAUUUCGCUGUAGUUUGCUUUCGUGUUCUAUCUGGUCAUAUUCUUAUUUCGUAUAAAUAGUCGCAUACUUUUAUUUCUUACUCCCAUUUAACCAUGCCCAGUGUCUGUGCUGCUCCCAACUGUGGAAAGGAGACCGAGUCCAACUUGAAGUGCCCCAUCUGUUUGAAGAAAGGCGUCUCCAACGUAUUCUGUGACCAGUCUUGUUUCAGAACGUCUUGGAACACGCACAAGUCCAUUCACACUGCCGAAGAUGGCUCCGACGACUACAACCCUUUCCCAACAUUUAGCUACACUGGAGACUUGAGACCUCACUAUCCUUUGACUCCCAGAAGACCCAUUCCAAAACAUAUCAAGCUUCCAGAUUACGCCAAAACUGGUAAGCCCAUCUCGGAAAUCAAGAACGACCGGAUCGGCAGGAUCCCAGUGCAUACCCCAAAGGAAAUCGAGAAGAUCAGAAAGGUAGCCAAGCUUUCGAGAGAGAUUCUAGACGCUGCUGGAAAGCUCGUAAAGCCAGGCAUCACUACUGAAGACAUUGAUGCCUUGAUUCACAAGGAGUGUUUAAAGAGAAACUGUUACCCUUCGCCUCUUAACUAUUACAACUUCCCUAAAUCUGUUUGUACUUCCGUUAACGAGGUCAUCUGUCACGGGAUCCCAGACAAGUAUGUAUUGCAAGAUGGGGACAUUGUCAACGUCGAUGUUUCCAUCUACUACUUAGGAUUCCACUCAGAUUUGAACGAAACUUACUAUGUUGGCGAUAAAGCCAAGGCUAAUCCUGAUGUUGUCAGAUUGGUGGAGACUACUAGAGAAGCAUUGGACUUGGCCAUUGCAGCCGUCAAGCCUGGAUUAGCUUUCAGAGACUUGGGUAACAUCAUCGAAGAGCAUGCAACGAAGAACGGCUUAUCUGUAGUCAAGACCUACUGUGGACAUGGUACUGGAGAGUUGUUCCAUUGCCAGCCCAAUGUACCUCACUACGCCAAGAACAAGGCUAUUGGUAUUGCUAAACCAGGCAUGGUGUUCACCAUUGAACCCAUGUUGAACUUGGGAUCUUACAGAGACAUCCAAUGGCCCGACAACUGGACUGCAACCACUUUGGACGGUAAAUUCUCGGCUCAAUUCGAACACAUGAUGCUUGUCACAGAAGACGGAGUUGAAGUGUUGACUGCCAGAUUCGACGAUUCACCUGGUGGGGCCGUUCCCAGGAUCUAGUACUGCUAAUAUAAACUAGUACAUAAACGUACGAUAUAAGAAAGUAGUCGUAUUGAGAUGUACUUAGACUUACAAAUAUCAAAUGUAGAAUAGCCCAAAUGUGGAAUAGUCCAAAUGAAUAUUAAGUGCAUG